AAGACUUUGAAAGACUUGUACAGCCUCCACAAUGAGACGCUCAAGCACAGAUGAGACUCCGUACAGGCGUAGUCCGUCUCUGGACAGCAAACCUGACACGCCGCCAUUCAGUUCCGGGUUCCACCGCUUCAGUGGGGAAUUUGAGUACAAGCGGCCACCGUUUGCAUUUGGCUUCCACACGACAAAGGGGCCACAGACAUCCAAGGGGCGCUACGCACAGGGGAAGAAGUAUGUGGUGUUUUACCUGGACCUCUCCUUCAUAUUCCUCCUAGAACUGCGGCGCUGCAGGAUGGCCGAGGGUUGCAUGAUGGCCCUGCGAUACGGAAUGGUCUUCUUCAACCUCCUCUUCUGGUUGGGAGGAUGUGGCAUACUGGGGGUGGGAGUCUGGCUCUCAGUGACCCAAGGAAACUUUGCCACACUGUCAUCAUCCCUUCCCUCGCUGUCGGCAGCCAACCUGCUCAUCGCAGUGGGGACCAUCAUCAUGGUGAUUGGCUGUCUGGGCUGUGUGGGAGCUGUCAAAGAGAGCCGUCCUCUGCUGCUCACGUUCUUCAUCCUCCUCCUGCUCAUCUUCUUCCUGGAGAUUCUGUGCAUCAUGCUUUUCUUCAUCUACCAAGAGGAGAUUGAUCACUACGCACAGACAGAUCUGAAGAAGGGCCUCCAGCUGUUCGGCACAGAGGGCAACGUGGGUUUGACCAACGCCUGGAUGAUCGUACAAACUGAUUUUCGAUGCUGUGGAGUAACCAACCACACAGACUGGUUUGAGGUGUACAACGCCAGCCGUGUGCCGGACUCCUGCUGCCUGGAGUACAGCGACAACUGUGGCCUGUACAACCCAGGAACAUGGUGGACAGCGCCUUGCUACGAGCGGGUGAAGGACUGGCUUAAUGACAACCUGGUGGCACUUUGGAUCUUUGCUCUAUGCACAGCACUUACUCAGAUCCUGGGCCUGGUCUUCUCCAUGACGAUGUUCUGUCAGUCGGUGAAAGUGGAGACCUUUUACGCCUAGCGGUCGCCCUCGUUGCCCUUCAGCUCACUUGGAUUGUUUAUCAUCACAGAGGGACAGAUAUAUACCCACCCUCCUCCUCCUCGUCCUCCUCCUCCUCCUCCCUGUCCUCCUCCUCCUCCUCCUCCUUCUUCUUCCCCCCAAACAGACUCUUCUUCCCGACGCCUGUCCUCUGUGACAUUCCCUCUUGGGUGUCGUUCACAGUUUUUCUGCUUACUAUCAAGAAGCACAGUGUCCGUGUAAUACAUGAGUUGGUUCCUAUGGUUUGCUCUGUGUAAAAGCUCAUUUCUGUGAUACAUUUUAUGAAGCAGUAUUAUAAACGUGUAUAAAAAGAAAACGUGUAACCCUCCCACCUUUUUUAAUAUGUGUUUUGUUUAAAUUAUUUUAUGGUUUGUAUGUGUUUAUGAAAAUGCGAGCUACAGUUGCGAAGGUGCACAGUUUGAAGUGCUGCAAGUGCAUGUCUCCUGCCAUGGUGUGUAUUAAAUGUUUUGGCUCGACUUUGAAAAAAAGCACAAGUCAUUUUGUCAUUUCUAAACCAGAAAUGUUGAAAGGUUUCAUGUGUAAUCCUGCUUUAUUAUUUCCUGACACCAAGGAUGACAAACAGGAGGGACAGGGGGGAUUUUCAAGGAACCGGCACGUCAAAUUGUUGUUUAUGUCCUUCUGUUGAGACACGCUGGAGUCAUUAAAAUAUUUCAUGACAUCUGA